AUGGAGGUUUUAGCAAGGCACGAAAGUAAAUCCCAUUCUGAAUCCUCAGUUUGGAAAUCUGUGUUUUCUUGCUUUCUUUGGUUUUGUCUGGGCAUUUUAGCCGCUUUCGGACUUAAAAUUCACGACAAAGCUGCGAAAGUUUUUAUGUUAAUUUUUAAGCUCAAUCCCGCUGACACCAUAUCUUUCGGCUUUAAUUUUGAGAUAAUAUCAGUUGCCUUGUACUUUUCGGGACUUUUAUUAGCAUAUAUCUUCUUUCCUGUGAGUUUAAUUUGGCUAGAAAUAUUACUAUACCUUACUCUUUUUAUGUUUUUGGGUAUGAUUAUACCCUCCCAUAUGCUGGUUAAGAAUUCAACUGCCCUUUCUCGUGACGGGAUAAAAUAUUUUUUUUACAUCACAAAUGCAGGUGCUAGUUUAGGUAUUGGAGCUAUUACGAUGAUCGGAAUGGCUUUAAUCACCGACCGUUUUGUUCCUGGGAAAACACCAAUGAAGUUGAUGUUCCACCUUUUAGGAUACCCAUUGGGUGAAAUUGCAGCCAUUUUUUCAGAAUUUUUGGGCAGAUUCACAGUUUAUGAUGAGCUUAUGGCCGGCCUUGGGGCUAAUUUGGCCAAGUUUCUGACUUACAAAAUGUCAAUUAUUCUCGUAUUAGUUUUGAUGACCAGUAUAAUGAUUAUAUUUUUCACCAAAUUCAAUGACAGUGAUCACAGGAUUUGGAUGAAGUUCAAUGCUAUUAAUAAAUCCAGGAUACUUUUCAGGGGUCUACGUCGACUCUCAGGACAAAUUAAAUGCAUCAUUGUGUUAUUAAUUUCUAGUUCUCUUUCUGGAAUUUUCUCAGUAGUUUCACUACUUUAUUUGAUGAGUAUAUAUACUGCUGGAGAUGAUGUUUUAUUGGGUCGUGCCAAGUUGUUGUUAUUUAAAUGUGCUUUCGACUUUCUUGGCAGGUUGGUUUCAGGUUUAGUUGGCCUUUGUGUGGAAAGAGCGAGGACUUCGACGCGUGAAAACCAAGAAAAUCAAUCAGUGGCUAAGAAAGUUAUUUGUUGUAUAUUUUCACCAAUGUUGUUAGUUUUUAUACUUGUCAUUGUUGAGGUUGUCAUAAUUAUGAUCACUGCUUCCAAGGCAUCUAACGAUAGUAAUGCCUUGAGUAGCCCUUGGUUAAGUCAUAAAACUGGGAUAUUUGUUUCUUCAUUUGUUGGUCUGGUAGCCGGUUUGACAGCCUCACUUGUAUUCUCUCGUGGUUCAAAUGUCAAUGUAAACAAGGGUUUAAUUGACGAUGACGUUUUAAUGGUUGAUGAUGUAAAUUUGGUUAGAAGUUUUGUCCUUGGGGUGUUUCUACUCUUUGACUGUAUUACAAUCAUCUUGAUCAAAAUUUUAAAAUUAUACAUUGAAGGUGUCGUUCAAAAUCAACAGGCUAGGGCAGGACAACCUCCUACAUUAGUUCCAUAA